CCCUGGACUAAAAUAAAACACAGCGAUUGUGAAUGUCGGAAUACAAAGUGUUCCCGCGCUCCUUCGUGUGGCAUAAAACCUAAGUACUUUCUCACGGAAAAUGUCAUCUUUGGAGCCUUUCGUUAAUUCCAUCAAGCCGGCGAUGGAUUCAUUCUUACGGCAGCCUAAUAAAGAAACAUUAUCUAAAUUGGAAAAUGAAUUAGUCCAAUUCAAUUGGACACAAAUGAACAUAUUCAAUGUUCAUAUAUUAAUUCCACUGGUCCUUAAAUUGGAUGAGCUUAGCGAUGACAAUAACGAGCUAAGGUCCGGCUGCUUGGAAUGCAUUACACUUGUUACGUCCAAAGUGUAUUUAAAGGAAUUAACAGCGUUGCGCACCAUGAUGGUGGUAACAUUGAAACAAAUUCGAGAUUGUGAAAAGGCUUCCAUGAGACCUAAUAUUUCUGAAGAGCUUAAAUUAGCGUCCGUCAAAUGUAUAGCUGAGAGUCUUCGCCGCUGUACUACAGACGUAUUGGAACAAUUCUAUUGCCAUAAUUCAUCUACGAUUUUAGGACAAAUCCUCUUGACACUGGUUGACUUGAUUGAAUAUGAAAAAUACAAAAAAAUAAUCAAUGCAUCCUUGGAAUGUCUAAUGAUUGUUUUCUACGUUCAUGAAGAAGCUGACAAAAUGGAUGUUGUUUUACGAAACCAGGUGGCAGAUGUUCUUUUCAUUUUUCUGCCUAAAAUUGUUACCAUCCUGUGUAGAACCGCCAUAGCUGAUGAGAAGAAAGGAGAAUCCAGUAAAAUUAAUUCCAUAAAAGCUCUGGGCAGUAUUCUUUGUGUAAUAUAUGAGGAAUCCAUGGAAAAUGAUACAGGAGCCAAGUACGACGUUGAAUCGUUCAAAAAACUCUUUUCUGUCGGUCAACACAACAUAAACUGUAGCGUUGACGAUGUUUUGGGCCUAAAAAAGAAUCGUGGUCAACUGGAAACACGUAUGAAACAGUUGCAAAAUGAAGGACGAUCAGAAAAAUGGAUGCAAGCAUCGUCCAAGAAAUUGCGCGUUUUAUUUAAUGAGACAAAUAUAUUGCGAUGUCACGUUUCAAAAAAGAUACGCCAAGAGUACGCACAAAUGUGCUGUUUGCUCAUACAAAACUGUGCACAAAAUAACCUUAAAGAGAACUUCAUAUUCUUGCUUGAAAAUGUUGUAGCCUUUACUGAAGACGAGGAUAUCCAUAUUAGAAAUCUUUGUCGUGAUUGCAUUGACCGAAUGCAAAAUGUUUAUUCUACGCUCAAUGUAUUUGACGAGAUCUCUGAGUUACUUUUCGAUGAACACCUGGCCAAAUUGCCAAGAAUUAUACAAAGGGGCGAUGAUGCGGAACAACUUGCCGAGCUAAUGUUCCUAAAAGGAUUUCUUAAAUCAAUGAGUCCCACCAGACUACAAUUAUUGCUUUCCAUUCCUAAAAAUUUGGAUAUAUUUUGUAUGUGUUUGUUGUUAGCCCUUGAAUUGGAGAUCUCUAUGAACUUACUCUUGGAUGAAUAUUCCUUGCGGGACAUAGAUGUUGAAAGUGAUUACAUGGAAGCAAGCAAACUACAUUGGCGCCGUUUUAAAAAUCUUAGUUCUGAGAAAAGUGUUUAUUGUUUGAAAGAUGUUAUCUGUAUAUUAGGCCGUACGCCAAUUUUGAAUCGUUUAAUCACAAAUCACCUCAUGGAAAUGUUGCAGAUGCAAAAUUCGGCUAUUAAUGAAAUACUCUUAGCAAUACUUUGGCUAUCGACAGCAAAGGAAAGAGAUGUAAACGAUUUGGGCUUGGUUAGAAUAUUUGUGGAAGCCCUUUUAGAGGACGAACAUUGGAAUUUAUCUUUGGAGGCAGAUAAAAUAACAAAACUAAAAACGAACAGGCACACAGAUUGGUUUGUUGAUCGCACCCCCGGUUUAUAUGAAUCUGCAGUUGAAGUUCGAACACAGGAUUAUGAUUCUGAUGAUGAAACUGAAGGCGCUAAUGAUAAUGUCACCAUUGCCGAUGCUGAGUUUAAUGUCUUACACACAUGCAUUGUUAUGGAUUGUUUAGGGCACUGUGCCUUAUAUAUUGGAGAACGAUUUGAUGGUUACCUGUUUCAAGCCUUGCAUAAAGUCUUAUUGAAGCUUGCUCAUAGUUAUGUUUUUGUUUACCAAGCGGCAAUUUUUGCGUUGGUUGCCAUACAACGAGCCCUACGAUUCAGUACGGUUUAUCAACUCAUAGAAGUUAAUACAGACUAUGUCACAUAUCACCUUAACACACUGCUGAGAAAGUCUUCAGGUAGUAAGUCUGCGGUUGAUAUUUUUACGGUUAUACUGCAAUUUUCUUCCCCCAACACAUUUCCUCAUAUGGAAUCAAUAUUCGAAACAAUUUUCGAUGAGUGUUCUAAAGCCUGUCAAGCACAAAGUAUAGUCUCGUAUCUCAAAGUGUUUAUGGCAUUCCUAGGACAUAUAAAAAAAUGGCUACACUCGUGUCAUCAGCAAUUUCACGACACUGCGCCAUUAGAAAGAGGAAUUGCAAUUACAGCACUCAAAAGUACCAAUACAGCUGAUUCUUGGUUAAAGCUGUUAGAAGAUACAGAACAAACUAUUUUAUUAAAUACUGAUAUCGAAACCGCAGAAGAUUUUACUGAGCAAUCAAAUUUUACAGCGGACACUGAACAUGAUGAUAAAUUACUUCCUCGCUAUAUAGAGGUUGUUAAGACAAUAUUGUAUCAAGUCGUUAAAUUUAUAAAUUCAUCGGAUCAAGAUUUACAAAUCUUAUCUUUGGAGUGCGUAUCGAGUGGCUUACCCCUACUGUCGGAUUAUGAAAAUGAACUACUUCCGUUAGUGCAUCUAAUAUGGUCCCCUUUUGUGGAGAAGUUUCGACAAAGAAACGCCUGCGUCUUAAAUCGUUGUUUCACACUGCUAGAGGUUCUAGCAAAAUGUUCUAAAGAUUUCAUAACGAAGAGAAGCUUGGAUGAAGUUAUUCCUUUUCUCAACGGAUUUUUAAAAGAGGCUGCUCAAUCUUCUUGGAACAAAAAAAUAACCGCUCACACUCAGGAAUACAAACUUCAGUUAAAACUUUUAAAUAAUUUUCCCAGUCUUAUCGCUGCCUUAAAUUUGGAUGGACGAUAUUUAAACGAAAUUUCCGAAACAAUUGCAUUGUACUUAUCCAAGCAACAACCUGAGGAACUUCAAAUAAAAGCUUUAAUGUUUUUUACAACUCUGCGAUCACACAACGGCCCAUUAAUAUAUUCAGUUGCCGCUAAAAAAUCUCAUUUAAAUUCGUAUGAAGAAAAUGUAAGACGUAUUUUGGCAGAAUUUUGUGUACAUUAAAAACGCCUGUAGGCACAAAGUCUAUAGAAAUAAAUUGUUCUGAGUUUAA